UCAUUCCAACCAACUCUUUCGUUUGUUUUAGUUUGUUCAACUAAUCAACAUGAAAUUCUUUAUUACAUUUGUCGCCGCUACCAUCAUUGGAGUUGCAAACUGUGGAAUUCUCAGCGGUGACGAUGGCUAUGGCAGUGGAUACGGAGGUAGCGGAUACGGUGGAUACGGGGGUGGCUACGGUGGCGGAUAUGGUGGUGGUUACGGCGGUGGAGGUUAUGGCGGUGGUUAUGGUGGCGGUUAUGGAGGCGGCUAUGGCGGUGGACAUGGAGGUGGUCAUGGUGGACUUAGCAGCAUUGCCUUUGGUUCAGCAAAUGAUGCUCACAGUGCGGUAGCCAACCAACAUGCUGCUGCUCAAAAAGCCUCAUUUCUUGCCAAAGCUACAUUAGCCCAGAAGGCUAUCCAAGCUGCUGCCACCGCUCAAGCCGCCCUUGCUGGCAAACACACCCUUCUUCAACUUUUGGAAAAACUUGCUGCUCAAGCCCAUAAGGAUCUGGAAGCUGAAUUGGCUCAAUUACAGAGUGCUAAACACGCCGCUGCUGCAGCAGCUAAAACAGCUGCUCAGGCUGCAAAGCAUGUUGCCAUUCUUGAAAAGGUGUUGGAAAAUGCCAAGCAACUGGCACACCAAGCUGCAGCAGCCGCUGAUCAUGCUGCCCAGGAACUUGCAUCACAAAGCAAGAUGGUUGCUCGUGCUAAGCAAAGGUUGGAAGAGCUUGAACACAAAUUGCAAGCCGUUAGAGAGGAUUUCCAGAAGACUAAGGCAGCAGCCCAGAAAGCAACUGAAUUGGCACUGAAGGCCAAACAAAAUGCAGCUAAUGCUGCUGGUGGACAUGGUGGCGAUCAUUAUUAAAAAUGAUUUGACUUUAUUGUAAUUUGAUUGUUGAAACGCUAUGUCAACGCGGUUGAUUAUUGUUGAUUC